AUGGGUGAAAUUGAUAAGGGAAUACCUCAAGUUGGUAUGAGGUUCAGAAAUGUAGAUGAAGCUUGGGUGUUUUGGGUUGCAUAUGGUGGCCGUGCAGGGUUUGAUGUGAGGAAGAGAAACAAGUUUGAUGGUGAAGUGACUUCAUGCAGAUUUGUUUGUUCCAAUGAGGGUCUUAGGAAAAAAGGGAUAACAUUGGAUCAUGUGCCAAAGCGUAUUAGAGCUGAAACAAGAACAAAUUGCAAAGCCCGGAUGACUAUAACAUUGGAUCGAGUGGGGAAAAAUUAUGAAGUCACAGAUAUUGUGCUAGAACACAAUCAUUACCUCCAAUUGCCACAAACUUCUCACUUGAUGGCAUCACAAAGGAAGAUUUCCGAAGUACAAGCUUUUGAAAUAGAAGCCGCUGAUGACUCUGGAAUCAUGCCAAAAGCUGCACAUGAGCUUGCUUGUCGUCAAGUUGGUGGACCACUUAACCUCGGCUACACUUGUGUUGACCAAAAGAAUCAUUUGCGAAGCAAGCGGCAGAGAGAGUUGGCUUUUGGACAGGCUGGUAGUAUGUUGAAGUACUUCUAUGACAAAAUCAUUGAGAACCCAUCUUUCCAAUAUGCUUUGCAGUUGGACUGUGAGGAGCAUAUAACCAACAUAUUCUGGGCUGAUGCUAAAAUGGUUCUUGACUAUGCACACUUUGGCGAUGUUGUCACAUUCGAUACCACUUUUGGCACAAACAAAGAAUAUAGGCCAUUUGGUGUUUUUCUUGGACUCAAUCAGUUUAGAGAAACCACCAUUUUUGGUGAUGAAACAUGUGACUCAUUUACAUGGCUUUUUGAGACUUUUCUAGCUGCACAUAAUGGGAAGCAACCUAGAACUAUUUAUACGGAUCAAGAUGCAGCAAUGGGGAAAGCUAUAGGAAAAGUCUUCACGGAAUCAUAUCAUGGAUUGUGCACCUUUCAUAUAAUGCAAAAUGUUGUCAAGCAUUUAUCACCAUUUAAGGGUGAAGAAAAAGAUGAAGGGAAAGAGAAAGAUGAAGGGAAAGAUAAAGAUGAUGGGAAAGAUGAAGAUGAGGAUGAAGAUGAGGAGUCUCAUAUUCUACUGAUUUUAGUGAAUGUAUGUAUGGCUAUGAGGACAAAACAGAAUUUCAGGAAGCAUUUAACAAUAUGA